UAGUAUUGAUUAAUAAAUAAAUUUAGAACUCAUUGGCAACUCUCUUCUUAACAAACUCGAAAACCACCAUGACUCAAUCACCCCCAAAACUAACCAAUUCCCUUCCCAUUUCCCCCAACUUUUCACUCUCCGCCGCACACCGCCGCGUCGCCAUUGCCGUCGAUCUCAGUGACGAGAGUGCCUUCGCCGUUAAAUGGGCGGUCCAAAACUACCUCCGACCAGGAGAUGCCGUCAUUCUCCUCCACGUCCAACCAACUUCCGUUCUCUACGGCGCAGAUUGGGGCAUCAGCACCUCCUCUGCUCACAAAAUCGAACAAGAUUAUGAAAAUUUCACCAAUAAUAAAGCGACCCAAUUGGCGUUACCUUUAGUAGAAGCGAAUGUUCCGUUCAAAAUUCACAUAGUGAAAGAUCGGGAUAUGAAAGAAAGGUUGUGUUUGGAAGUGGAGAGGUUGAGAUUGAGUGCAAUGAUUAUGGGAAGCAGAGGAUUUGGAGCUAAUAAUAACAGGGGAAUUGUUAGUAAAGGGAAACUUGGAAGUGUUAGUGAUUAUUGUGUGAAAAAUUGUAUUUGUCCUGUUGUGGUUGUUAGGCACCCACAAGAAGUGGAGAAGAAGGCGGCGGCGGCGGUGGUUGAGGCUGAGCUUCCAUCGGUACCGGAGGAGGACCAUGGUGCUGAUGAUGAGCUAAAAGAUGAUUGAUCUAAUGCCGUGAAGUAGAUAAUUAUCUUUAAGUUUGGAUUUUGUUGCUGCAGGAUGUCUUUAUAUAUCAAUUGCUUAAAUUACAAAAAUAAAAUAAAGUUUAAACCUUUUUUGAAGUAUGUUGGGUUUUAAGUAU